AUUCCUUUAAGCGAAGCCAAGUGACCUCAUCAGCAGCUGCAGCGCGAGUCGGAGCUGCAACUUUUGUAUGAACUUCGAAGUUGAAUAAUUGUGAACGAGACGCUUGGCCAACGGUGCUGCUGCUGGAGUAGAUACAACGAUACAGUCAAAAUUCUCCCGCGACACACUGGAAAACAGCAGGAAUAAGGGCCGCACAUAGACUGCACUCAGCGGGCGAUUAUUACGAGGCGGAGAGACGCUCGUGUCGGACUUUUAUCGGAAGAUUUUGUGGGAGAAGAAGAGACCGCACGAGAGCAGCGAGAGCUGGAGAGGGAAGAAGUUCUGCAUAAAGGGAUGAGAGGAGGAAAGUCAAAUCACCUAAUGGUCUGCACACAUGCCUGAUUCAGGUUCACUUUAAAGUUCACUUUCAUCGUGCAAUUAUCUGUCCUCCAUUCUCUGGCCUCUCCAGCUGAGUGGCUGUCCAUGUUCCGCAAGCUUCGUUAUUUCAGCUACAACGCGGGCAUGCUCCAGUGCUGAGCUCCGCCACUUAGCCGUACCAUGGCCAGUCUAAAGCGUUCACAGACCGAACGCUCUGUGGGCGGCUCUAUUCCCGCCACUGAUGAGUUUUAUACUCGCCGUCUGCGCUUGCCCAAUGGAGGUGCUCCGCCCCCUCGCAGCGAGAGCACCCACUUGACUGGGACGCCCGGAGUUCCCAAAAUGGGCGUUCGAGCACGGGUCGCCGACUGGCCCCCCAGGAAAGAUGGUGGCAGUGGAGGAAGUGGAGGAGGGGGUGGAAAUGGAGGUGGUGUGUGGCACAUAACAGUGGAGACGGAUUCCCCUUCCACCACCACAGGUAGUGCCCAGAGCAACUUGUCAAGCAAGCUCGGUCACCUGAUCAGCCCUCAGGAUUCAUCCAUGCUGCGUAACAUUCACAACACGCUGAAGAACAAGAUGCAUAGCAAAGGCAAAGACAAUCGCUUUCUCUCACCCGAUGGGUAUCUCGGGUCGCCCCGGAAGGGUAUGCGGCGUAUAAGGCAGCGCAGCAACAGCGACAUAACCAUAAGUGAACUAGACGGCGAUGGUAGCGAGGGCUGGUCUUUCUCAGGAUGGACGCCCAUGCAUCGAGAGUAUGGCAGUACCUCAUCCAUCGACAAGCAUGGUGUGUCCGGCGAAAGCUUCUUCGACAUGCUCAAAGGCUACCAGACCGAUGCUCCGGACCAGCGCAGCCCUGCCCCUGAUAAGUUAAGCGAGUUGCUGACAGUAGCUCAUAAACAAACUGCCCUCGACUUGCCUGAUGGACCUCUCGGUCCUGCUCGUGGCAGUCCCGCCAGUCGCCUGAAAGAAAGAGAAAAGCACAUGAAGAGGCGUUCGAAGUCAGAGACGGGUGGAGAGUCCAUAUUCCGCAAGCUACGUAGCGUCAAAGCUGAAGGUGAUUCGUCACGUGCGGGUUCCGAUGCAGAGGAUGGAAAGUCUGAUGACGUGGGUCCUCCUCCUAAACCAUGGGUUUGCCAGAAAGGUUUCUCGCACUUUGAUAUCCAGAGUAUUCUGUUUGACCUGAACGAGGCCGUGCAGAGUCGGCAAAGUGCCGUGAAGCGGAAGAACACCACCACCGGUGCCUCUGCUGCAGCCGCGGCCUCUGCUUCCACCACGUCCUCUCUCUCGUCCACCCAAAGCGGAGCUUACGGCUCCCCUUGUGGCAGCCAGGAAGAGCUCAACAUCAAGGAUGGGCCUUCUCUUGACUCAGGUGAUGACAAAAGCAACGAUUUGGUUCUCAGCUGCCCAUGUUUCCGUAACGAAAUUGGUGGUGAAGGAGAGAGGAACAUCAGCCCUUCGAAACAGGGCAGUAUCGGCAGUGGUGCCUCUAGCUCUUCAAGAGAUGAAGAAGGGUCCCCUGAAAGAGCUCCCAACACACAUUUUAGCAAUGCAGGGGUGGCUGUUCUUGAAGCCCCCAAGGAUGGCAAGAGUCUCCACCAUGAUCGUGGAAAGAGCAACAUAGUUGAACAUGUGGACUUGGGUGCUUAUUAUUACAGGAAGUACUUUUAUUUGAGAGAGCACUGGAACUACUUGGGUGUCGAUGAGACACUGGGACCGGUAGCUGUCAGCAUUCGUCGGGAAAAACUGGAGGAUCACAAAGAGCACGGCCAGCAAUACAACUACAGAGUCAUCUUCAGAACCAGUGGGGUGAGCACUCAUUCACAAUGCCAAAUACCAUUGACAUAUAUUUAUGGCUUGGCUCGAGGCCUGCCUCUAAAGGAGGUGUUGGAGUACCUCGUGCCUGAGCUCAAUGCCCACUGCCUCCGUCUUGCUCUCAACACACCGAAGGUCACAGAGCAGCUGAUGAAACUGGAUGAGCAGGGGCUCAGUUUCCAGCUGAAGGUGGGAAUCAUGUACUGUCAGGCCAGCCAAAGCAGCGAGGAGGAGAUGUACAAUAAUGAGGCAGCAGGUCCCGCCCUAGAAGAGUUCCUGCAGUUGCUGGGGGAAAGGGUGCGCCUUAAGGGUUUUUCUAAGUACCGUGCCCAACUGGACACUAAAACGGACUCUACCGGAACACAUUCUUUGUACACAACUUUUAAAGACUAUGAGAUCAUGUUCCAUGUGUCUACAAUGCUGCCCUACACGCCCAAUAACAAACAGCAGCUCUUAAGGAAAAGACACAUUGGAAAUGACAUCGUCACAAUCGUGUUUCAAGAGCCCGGAGCAAAGCCCUUUAGCCCCAAGAACAUCCGAUCACACUUUCAGCAUGUCUUUGUGGUUGUUCGAGCGCACAACCCAUGCUCCGAAAACACCUGCUACAGCGUGGCAGUGGCUCGCUCACGAGAUGUACCUGCCUUUGGAUCGCCUAUUCCUGAGGAUGCUAUGUUCCCGAAGUCCACCGUCUUUCGAGAUUUCCUGUUAGCCAAGGUCAUCAAUGCUGAAAAUGCAGCCCACAAGUCAGACAAGUUCCGCGCCAUGGCCACUCGGACGCGACAGGAGUACUUGAGGGACCUGGCCGAACGGCAUGUUACAAGCACGCCUAUCGAUCCUUCGGGCAAAUUUCCUUUUAUUUCUCUGGCCCACAAGCGUAAGGAAAAGACCCGGCCAUAUUUUAACGCAGAGCUGCGUAGCCCAGGGGCCAUCACCUGGCCUGUUUACGCCGAGGACCACGGAGCCGGAGGAGAACUGGAGGCCCUGCUGGCCAUUUCAAAUGAUUUCCUAGUGCUGGUGGACCCAGAAGCCAAGGCUGUUGUCUUCAACUGCGCUGUCCGAGAUGUCAUUGGUUGGACGCUGGGAAGCCCUGCUUCCAUGAAGAUCUACUAUGAACGUGGAGAGAGCAUCUCCCUGCGCUCCAUCAAUAACAACACUGAAGACUUCCGCGAGGUUAUCAGACGUUUAGAGCACCUCACUAAAGGCUGUGAGACAUCAGAGAUGACCUUGCGGAGGAAUGGCCUGGGCCAGCUUGGUUUUCACGUUAAUUACGAAGGCAUCGUGGCAGAGGUGGAGCCGUAUGGGUAUGCCUGGCAAGCGGGGCUAAGGCAAGGCAGCCGGUUGGUUGAAAUUUGCAAGGUGGCUGUGGCAACACUUUCACACGAGCAAAUGAUAGACCUGCUCCGCACCUCAGUAACUGUGAAAGUUGUCAUCAUACCGCCCCAUGAGGAUGCCACUCCUCGCAGAGACCUGGACUAUGCUCCAGUCACUAAGUCUAGCUCGUCCUACUCAGGCGGCCCACGCAUCCAGAGACAGGAGCAGGUCAUUCACCUUUCACCCAAGAAGGGCAGCCAGUCUGAAGGUCCAUACUCCCACUCAAGCAGUAAUACGCUCUCCAGCACCGCGUCUAGUGGGGGUCACAGCGAUGACAAGUGGUAUGAUAUGGGCAGUGGAGGGAUGGGAGACCAGCCGGACUCUGAGCCGAACGGACUGGGUGGUGGGUAUCUGCAGGGUGCUUCAGCCGACAGCGGCAUUGAUGCUACAACAUACGGCCCCACCCAAGGGAGUUCCAGCUCUCUGCUGGCUGUGGGAGCUACUGGUACCAGAGAAAGAGCUCCCUCACCUUGGCACAGCCCUACAGAAGGCAGCCGGAGGGUGCUUGAGAGGUCCCCUCCUGCUGCUGAUUCCCCAGUGUCCACUGCAGAUGUGCCGCCUACUACCCGAGGCCCACCGACCCAUCUACUGGUCCGGGAUGGCAGUUCCUACAGUUUGAGUGACAUGGCCUCUUAUUCUAACACACGCCACUCUGUCAGCCCUGCAGUCCUGAGCUCUAGCCAUAGCUCCCCACGUGAAGAGUCUUCCUCAGCCACCUCCCCCUCCUCCUCCUCCUCCCAGAGCUCAGUGUCACCUGGCCCUAAGAGUUUCUAUCCGCGCCAGGGGGCCACUAGCAAAUACUUGAUCGGCUGGAGGAAACCAGGCAGCACCAUCAACUCUGUGGACUUUGGGGACACGCGCAAAAGACCACAGGGUGAGGGGACAGACCCCGGGUCUUCUCAGUCCAGACCCUCUCUUAGGGAUCUGCACUCUCCUCAAGCCAUGUGCAAGUCCACAGUGGAAGAAGGUCUGAAGAAACUUCUGUCGCCAGAAAGUCCUCCAUCCAAGCAGCACGAGGACAAGUCCUCCUCAGGUCCAGCGAGCUCAGGGAGGCGUUCUCUGCACCGCACCCUGUCAGAUGAGAGUAUAUACCGGGGUCAGCGGCUGCCGUCUCUGGGAGAUUCAGUUCUGGAGCAGGCUCUGGCCAGCGAGGUGCUCUUCAGCUGCUCUACCCUUCCACGUUCGCCGACCACCCGUGGCGCCCCACUGCGCAGACCUUCCUACAAAAUGGGCAUCAAGAUGCAUGGUGACCUCUCAGCGUCUGACACCUCUCUAGCAGACCUGCACGAGCGACAGAGGCCACCUCCUCCUGAACUGGGUCUCAUGCCCCUCCCGGACACAGAGACAGACAGUGGCCUGGACUGGACCCACCUCGUAGAUGUUGCCAAUGCUUUCGAGGGUGAGAGAAGACCACAGCGCAUGCAGCGAGGGUUUAUGUUUAGUUCUCAAGACAUCAGUCAGAGAGGAGAGACUUCACUCAGUCCUCAGCAUGUAGAGCUGCAGCCAGUGCCCCACACCAGACUCUCCCCCAGUGAGGGGCCUUCAAGCUACAGUGGGAAGGUUUCUCAGCUGGAAGCUCUAGUGAAGAUGUUGCAGGAGGACUUAAAGAAAGAAAGGGAAGAGAAAUUGAAAUUGCAGGCACAAAUUAAGAGGCUUUGGGAAGACAAUCAGAGGCUGCAAGAAGAGUCUCAAAGCUCCGCUGCCAAGCUCAAGAAGUUCACUGAGUGGGUCUUUAACACCAUCGAUCUGAACUGAGCCAUCUGCAGAAGACAGGCAAGAUCAAUAGACUUCUCGAGGACCAGACAGACGUGGGAGAGACUUAUACUCCCAAGUGAGACCGGAUUGAGAAUUGUCCAUUCACAAGUCAACAUAAUUUGAUGUUCACAUUAACAUUCCUUUACAAACUAUCUACAUAUUUGUGGUGAUAAUGACCAAUUCUGACAUGGCUCAAAUUCAGGCAAGGGCAAAAAUACAAAUAUUUAGCCCAUUUCUGUGAUGACUUCUCCUUUCUAGAUCCCCCUGGACAUCAUUAAAAAUGCCUACAGGAGUAACUACUAACUGACUGAUGCCAGCCUAUGCCUUCCAGGCUGUUGCACUCUUGUCCCUUGUCCCUUGUCUCUGUGUCCCCUACGUAGCCCUGACAACCUGACAUUCGGUUCCAGUUAUUUGGAUAGUGCUAUAGCCCUGCCCCAUGAAGACCCCCUGCCUCAGUAGAAGACUCCUCUGCUACACGACCAUAUUUCAGCAUUCAGCACCAUGUCAUAACAUUUCGUGGCGUCAUUGUGGUUUUGGAGUUUGCUUUUUUCCUCAACUGUAGAAAGCCUGUCCGCAUGUUCUGGCGAAACCAGUCUACAAACUUCAUGUGUCACCCUGCUCUUCAGAUACUAUUUGUGUUUCAAACGAAGGAACACGAAGGGCGGCAUGAAGUGAUUUGCUCAUGAUGAAGUCAAAACUUGUGUUGUGAUGUUUCAUCUCAACAUCAAUUGAAGCAAUAGCAGGGAGUCAAAAUCCUUGUCCUGAAGACCGGACUUGCAAAUAUAAUGACAUUGGCAAUAUCCUGCCUCGAUUCCUCUCAAGUACAUCUCAAGUCUAUGGUACAAACACUGAUGAUCCUACAAGUCUGGAAUUUAAGGACAAGUCUUAUUUUGGGAACAGUUCAGUUAUUUAUUCUGUUUAUGUUAUGAGUAAUCAAUUGAUUCUCUAUGCGUGCGGACAUCUGUGAAUAGUGUUUGUUUCAGAAGAUGUCACUUCAUUUGGACUCUGUUUUUAUUUUUGGUAUUAUUUUUAUUUCUAGUAGAGUUCUGCCUGAGCUGCAGUAUUUUUUUGUUGUGCGAGUUAUGGUGCCCUAGUCUGCUAUUGUGUUGCUUUAGUGCCAUCUAGUGGUAAUAAGUGAUCGUCUCACUUGACUUCAGGUUUAAUCUAUUCCAGUUUGUUUCAACGUUGCCAAUACACAUCCAUAGUGAUGGAAACCUUCCAUUCAAACAAGAGAUAACGCUAUAAAAGCAGAUACACUGGUAUUGGAUUCAAUAUCAGGGAUGAGAGGAUUUCUGAGAAAAGGGAAAAAUGGAAGGAGAGAAAAAAACUAGGAGCAGUUUCAGAGACAUAUGCGAACUCAUAACAGGAGACAUGAGUUCUCAUGAAAAAUGCAAUGGGCUGCUCACAGGAACUAGGCUCAGAAAGAAUGCACUCACACGGAGUCAUUUCUUGGGUGCUGUGGCCGUCAUUGCGCAAUAAGCGCAGAACUAGAGGGACGGCUUAGUUAAGAGCCUGGUUCACUGUCUGGGGUCAAUAAUAUUGAACAACUUCCCUGUAAUUUCACACCCGGUUUUAUAGCACUUUGCUCUUGUUGUCAGUUCCUCAGUCCCUCGUCUGAACAUAGUGGCAUUCCCAGAGCAAAAAGAUCAGUCAUCAAAGAUCAAACUUCCUGCCCUACUUAUAUCACUGACCCAAGUAAUGUACAUUGUAUAGAUCUCCAUUUUCUGGUUUGCAGGGCCUGUUUAUACUGUUCAGGAAACGCUAGCUGGUUUCUCAGUAUAAUGAAGAUGGAGUCAAUUUCUGGAUACUUUAAGUAUUAUGAAGAAGAUGUGCACAAUGAAUUCGGAGGUAACUAAAAGUGAGCAGUCAUUAUCGAUUCUGUUGUAGGAAUCACUCGAAGUGUCUCAGAAAGUGCCUCCCGAUGCCAGCAGAGAACGACACACUAAGAUUUGCCAAACAUUUUGCCUCGGUCAAAACUCCUUGUAAACAGGGAUGACCUGCACAACAUGGAGAACUACAUGAGAUUAUUAGUAUCCAUUCCAGGUUUUACUGCCUUAGUCAGGAGGGUGAAACAAGCGCAUCAAACUCCCUGACUGCUAUUUACUCUCACAUCUCUCCCCUCUGGUUUGG